AUGGGGGCACGGACAUCCGAAAUGAGGGGUAACACGGAUAACGAGGAGAUGAGUCUAGAAUCAGCAGUAACAGAUGCAUUCGAGGACACUGAGAAAUCUGGCGGGUUUGAACAAGAAACUGAAAAUGAGAAGAGUCUUUCGCAAGACGCUGAUGAUAUAGAGGACGAGAAGACAGAGCUGUCACACGAUACUCUUGUAAAUUUGAAUACCGACACAUCUGCUGAUGACAAGUGCAUCAAAUCGACAGAAAUCUUAGACAGCUUGAAGAUUAGAAAGAAAGAAGUUUUGAAUAGACUGAAUAAACUGUCCACGGGACUGAGUGAUGCCAGUGUGUUCGAACUAGAGCUACCAUUCAACCCUGACAUAGACCUGAUGGAUGAGAAAGGAUACACAACGCUGUACAAGGCAGCUUCAGAAGGUUAUCUCGAAGGUGUUCAGGAUCUCAUUUCACGUGGAGCAAACCCAAAUGAACCAAGUAAGGGUGGACUCCGUCCUCUUCAUGCAGCGGCUCAAGAAGGUCAUGCACACAUCGUUGACUUCCUCAUCCUGCAGGGAGCGGACGCGAAUGUCGAAUGUGACUUGGGUCAGACUCCUCUUCAUACAGCAGCAUCCAGUGGCUAUACCGGUAUCGUAAAUGGUCUCAUUGCAGGAGGAGCUAAUGCGAACAAGGAAGACAACACCGGGUGGACUCCAUUCAAUGCUGCCGUUCAUUAUGGCAAUCUAGAAGCCGUCAAAUGUCUUUUGACGAAAGGUGUGAAGCAGAACAGAUAUGAUGGAAUGACCCCACUCUAUUGCGCAGCUCAAUUUGGUCAUUUAGAUAUUGUAGAUUUCUUCAUUUCCAAUGGAGCUGAUGUGAACGAAGAACAUUUCAAAGGAAGGAUUCCUCUCCACAGUGCAGCUGCUGGAGGCCACUUGAAAGUCAUGGAAUAUCUCAUCCAGCGAGGAUCUGAUGUGAACAAGAAAACUAACACGGGGUGGGCACCAUUCAAUGCUGCCGUUCAAUACGGUCAUCUCGACGCCGUCAAAUGUCUCAUGACUAAAGGAGCAAAGCAAAACAGAUUUGAUGACAUGACACCACUCUAUGCCGCUGCACAAUUUGGUCAUUUAGAUAUUGUAGAUUUCUUCAUAUCCAAUGGCGCUGAUGUGAACGAAGAAGAUAACAUAGGUAGGGUUCCUCUCCAUAGUGCAGCUGUUAACGGGAACAUUGAGGUCAUUGGAUAUCUCAUUCAACAAGGAUCUGAUGUGAACAAGGAAUACAUCAAGGGUUUCACCCCAUUCAAUGCUGCUGUUCAGUAUGGCCAUCUAGAAGCCGUUAAAUAUCUCAUAACUGAAGGAGCAAAGCAGAACAAAUUUGAUGGAAAUACCCCCCUCUAUUGCGCAGCUCAAUUUGGUCAUUUACACAUCGUCGAUUUCUUCUUUUCCGAAGGAGCUGAUGUUAAUGAAGAAGAUAACAAAGGGAGGAUUCCUCUCCACAGUGCAGCUGCUGGAGGCCACUUGAAAGUCAUGGAAUAUCUCAUUCAUCAAGGAUCUGAUGUGAACAAGAAAAGUAACACCGGGUGGACACCAUUAAAUGCUGCCGUUCAAUACGCUCAUCUCGAAGCCGUCAAAUGUCUUAUGACUGAAGGAGCGAAGCAGAACAGAUAUGACGGUAUGACCCCACUAUAUGCUGCAGCACGAUUUGGCCAUUUAGACAUCGUCAAAUUCUUCAUUUCGAAAGGAUAUGAUGUGAACGAAGAACAUGACACGGGGAUGAUUCCUCUCCACAGUGUAGCGAUUAACGGUAACGUUAAAGCCAUAACAUAUCUCAUUCAACAAGGAUCUGAUCUAAACAAGGGUGAUGCUAAUGGUUGGACACCAUUAAAUGCUGCCGUUCAAUACGGUCAUCUAGAAGCCGUCAAAUGUCUAAUGACUGAAGGAGCGAAGCAGAACAGAUAUAAUGGUAUGACCCCACUCUAUGCCGCAGCACAUUUUUGUCAUUUAGAUCUCGUUGAACUAUUCAUUUCCAAUGGCGCUGAUGUGAACGAAGAAGAUGACAAAGGUAGGAUUCCUCUCCACAGUGCGGCUAUUACUGGGAACAUAGAAGUCAUGGAAUAUCUCAUUCGACAAGGAUCUGAUGUGAACAAGAAAAGUAACAGUGGGUGGACGCCAUUCAAUGCUGCCGUACAAUAUGGCCAUCUAGAAGCCGUCAAAUGUCUCAUGACUGAAGGAGCAAAGCAGAACAGAUUUGAUAGAAUGACCCCACUCUAUGUCGCUGCACAAUGUGGUCAUUUACACAUAGUGGACUACUUAAUUUCCAAAGGAGCUGAUGUGAACGAAGAAGAUUUCAAAGGGAGGAUUCCUCUCUACGGCGCAGCUAACAACGGGAACAUAACGGUCAUUGAAUAUCUCAUUCGACAAGGAUCUGAUGUGAACAAGAAAAGUAACACCGGGUGCACACCAUUCAAUGCUGCCAUACAAUAUGGCCAUCUAGAAGCUGUCAAAUGUCUCAUGACUGAAGGAGCGAAGCAGAACAAAUUUGAUGGAAUUACCCCCCUCCAUUGCGCAGCUCAAUUUGGUCAUUUACGCCUCGUCGAAUUCUUCAUUUCCAAAGGAGCUGAUGUGAACGAAGAAGAUAACAAAGGGAGGAUUCCUCUCCAUAGUGCAGCUGCUGGAGGCCACGUGAAAGUCAUGGAAUAUCUCAUUCAACAAGGAUCCAAUGUGAACAAGAAAAAUAACACCGGAUGGACGCCAUUCAAUGCUGCUGUUGAAUAUGGCCAUCUAGAAGCUGUCAAAUAUCUCGUUACUGAAGGAGCGAAGCAGAACAGAUAUUAUGAUAUGACCCCACUCUAUUGUGCAGCUCAUUACGGCCAUUUAGACAUCGUCAAAUUCUUCAUUUCCAAAGGAGAUGAAGUGAACGAAGAACAUGACAAAGGGAUGAUUCCUCUCCACAGUGCAGCUGCUGAAGGCCACUUAGAAGUCAUGGAAUAUCUCAUUCAACAAGGAUCAACAACAAAUAUCUCAUGA